AUGCUCACCAAUUUCCUGAUCAAGGAUAAAAGUAUUUCCUUUGAUGGAUGUGCAGCCCAGAUGUAUUUUGCCUUCUUUUUGGAGUCCCCCGAGUGUUGGAUCCUGACAACGAUGGCUUAUGACAGACAGGCCGCCAUCUGCGAUCUGCUCUACUAUUCACUCAUCACGAACUGGAGGUUCUGUCUGCAGCUGGCCCUGGCUUCCUGGCUAUCAGGGAUUCCCGUGGCAACAAUACAGACUGCAAUGAUGUUUUUCUUGCCCUUCUGUGGGCCUAAUGUAAUUAACCAUUUCGUCUGUGAUAGCCCUCCUCUCUUAGACCUGGUGUGCAUGGACACUUUUGCACUUGAGAUAUAUAGUGUAGCCAUGACUGUUACCGUCCUGAUGCUCCCCUUUGGAGUAAUUGUUGUAUCCUAUAUCCACGUCCUCAUCACCAUACUGAAGAUGUCCUCUGCUGAGGGCUGUCUUAAAGCUUUCUCCACCUGCUCAUCCCACCUCACUCUGGUCUCAGUGUUCUUUGGGUCUGUGGGUUCGACUUAUUUCCAAGUGAAAGUCUACUAUUCUCCUGAGAGCAUUCUCUCUCUAUUCCUGAUGAUCCCAUCAGGAUCAUCAUUUAAAUGA